AUGGCCAGAUCAAGCAACGGAAAGUCGAGAUUCUUCGGAGGAAAUCUAAGCCCAAUCUCCAGAAACAAGUCGCACUCCACCACCAGUAUUGGCCGUAGAAAUUAUUCACUCUACAUAAACAAGAUUCUGAAGGAAGUUGUUCCCUGUAGGAGCAUAUCAUCUAGCACCGUGGACUUCUUGAACACCCUGAUCAAUGAAACCUUUGCAAUGAUUGCUGUGGAAGCCCGCCAGCUGAUGAAUUACAGAAAGCGUUGUACUCUCACCCCAGAAGAUAUCCAGAAGGCAGUCUAUUUGCUGCUUCCUAAGAAACUUGCUAGAUAUGCAGUGGCUUUUGGAAGUGAAGCGGUCCAUAGAUUUGUCCACUCCUGA